UGCACAUUCCCACCGAUGCCCCGACUCGACCUCUGGUUGCCCGGUGACCAUUGCCGGGUCUGUGGUCUGUGUUGCCCGGUGACCAUUGCCCAGAGGGUCCGUGUUGCCCGGUCACCGUUGCCGGGAUACGCGGCCUGUUUGUCAGCCGGGAAGCCGCCGUCGAUUUCGAUCCUAAUCCCGGUUGUGCCGCACCGGGACCGGGGGCUGACAGCGAUGGACGAGUCGCAAGAUGAAUCCCACCCGAGCUCCCAGUGCCCCACAACAGAUGAACCUGCCGUUCAACCCCUGGAAGCGGAGGCCACUGAUCCCAGCCAAGGUCGGGAGACCAUCACCCCUCUGACGGACGAAGAGCUUCCGCCCCCCAAGUACAGGCAGCUGCUGCAUGAGAGAUACGUGAAGAGUGUGGCGCUGAACCUACGCUUCGCCAAAGAUGUUGUCAAUUCCAUGCCGCUUUAUGGGCUGCCGCUCAAGGAGAGGAGCGACGGCAACAUCUUUGAUCUCUUCAAGGCCGUCACACCCCCGGGAUCAGUCGCGCCCAGCCAACUAGACCGGAGAUCUCACCGCCCAAGGGUCACCAGGCGAAAGUUCAAGCAAGGCGCAGCGAGUGACAGGAACGUGCAGGUUUGCUGUGAGUCGCACAGGGGUUCCGGAGGCAAGCUCAAGGCAGCUGUGCCGUCCACCACACCGGCCCCUUCGGUGAGCAGCAGAAGCCUUGCACUGCCCGACCAAGCAGUGGCUCAGGAUCGGGCCUCACCCCUGAAGGCAGCGGAGAGUCCCCUCGGCUCCCAGAAGCAGCCCGAGCAAUGGGACGAGUACCUGAUGAAGAAGCUGAGCAAGAGGACAGCACAGUGGCUGGUGACCAAGCAGAUGCCCGAGGGGCAAUCGAAAGCCAGGUUGGAGGGGCUUCUGCACGAUCACUAUGGCGCUGCCCACGUCUACGCUCUCAUAAAAGACGAGACCAUGACACCAGACGACUUCAGUCGUUACGAACAAGUCAGACCCCAGGAAUCCCAGGCAGCUGUGGUGAGAAAGGUGACCAGAACCCCACUGACCACCUACUACAGGGUUCCGGGACAUGAACUGCACAAGGACAUUGUGCAGGAGCCUGGAGCAGUAAACUGGACAGCAGCCAACCUGACAGUGAAGCACAUGACACCUCCUCCAAAGCCGAAGACCAUGCUGACCUCAAAGCUUGGGAAAUACGUCUAUUACACAGAGAACGUCUUUGAGCAGGAACUUUAUGCUGGGUCAUCAGGAAUUGUUCACCACCACGGCGAGAAAUACAAAGAGCGAAUCAUCUUGGACAACCUGUCAGAGUAUCAGAAGCAACUCCAGGAUCAAUUCCCUCCGCUGCCCGGGAAAUGGUCAGAGUGCAAAGAGAACCAAGACCAACAGCUCCCACCUCCAGAACCUGCAAAGUUGUUCCGAGGCCUGAGGAGGUGGACAGCCCUGCCCACUAUGGCUGAUUAUACCAUGGAGAAAGGACUGAGACCACCAGACUACGGACUCAUCGACAAACCAAUGAGAAAAUCUUUCAAGAAGCAUGAAAACCUGCAAAUAAUACGCAACAUGGUCACGGAGUGGAUUAAAACUUCACGCAUAUAUUCUCAUUGGCGGGACAUCACUGUGGAAGAACUGGAAAGAGACCUGAGAGCAAUACACAGUCAAGUUCAGCUCAAUGCCCUGGCAACGUGUGCAUCAGGAGCACUUGAGCGACCAAAUCUGGAGCAAGAUCCAGAUUCUAUCCGUCUUUACUCAAGAGUUGAUGCUGAAAUUAAAGCAGUCCCGGAGAAUCUACAGCCACUCAUCAUUGAAGCUCUCAAUAGUGAAAACCAACGUGUGAGGCUGGCUGCAGCAAUUUGCCACAUCACGAUGGAGAGAAUGAAUGAAACGGUCAAAGAGAUUCUUCAGGAUGCCCUCCUUCAUGGAAGUGAGGUUGACAGCUGGAUUGCAGCACAAAGUCUGGCUCUCCAUGGCGAUGUUAGUUAUCCUGUGGUCCACAGAAUCAUCCAGCAUCUUUUCGACAAGCCUGAUGCGCAGACCAUGAAGCAAGUCUGCCUGAUCCUGGGCCCACUCAGUGAGAGGACAACUCUGGUGCACUUUACGGUGGCCGGCCAGCUGAACAGUCGUAAUUGGAAGAAAAAGGUGCUGGCGUGCAAGGUCCUGUCCUGCCUGCGUGGAUCACUUAACAUAGAUCUGACCCAGAAGAUUGUCAACCUGAUGUGGAACGACUGGAACAGCAAUGUCCGCCAAGCAGCCACACAAUCACUGGGAUCCCUGGGGCUGGGGAAGAAAGUCCACGAUGAGCUGCGGAAGAGGCUGGAUAAGGGCAACAGCAGAACACGGAUUGAAGCGUUGUCGUGCAUUGGUCAGCUGGGGGUGAUGACAGGAAAGCUAAUGCCCAGCUUCCUCAACUGCUUCCAGGAUGACUUCAUUGGCGUGCGGAGGGAGGCAUGUCUCACUGCCGGUUUGCUGAAGUUAAAAGAUGAGAAGGUUCUUGGUCACCUGCUGCGCCUGAUGCAGUCUGACCACAUCUGGAAGGUGAGAGCCCACGCCAUCAAGGCUUUAGGUGCCAUUGGACACGUGACUGCGAAUCUGAGGGACUUGCUGCUUUGGGCACUUCAUUACGAGAACGAGCCUGGGAUCCGAAUGGAAGCCUGCAACACCAUCAUGUCCUUGAAGCUUCAGGAUCCGAAGGUGCUGGCCCUUUUAAGACAGCAGCUCCUGGUGGAGAACAACCCACAGGUGCAGAAAGAUGUGGCACAAGCACUGCAGAGAUUAGGAGACAGUACUGCCGUGGAAGAAGGAAUGCUACACAAAAUAAAAGAACAGGUCUGUACACUGUGUGAGAAAAAUACUGUGAUCUGGAAGCUGUUGCGGUUGGAGAAGUUGAAGACUAACAUCGCCCAGCAGAUGGAGUGGAUCAACCUGAAGACACAGCCGCUGCAUCUGAAAGCUCUGACCGAACAGAUGCAGCAGCUGCACCAAACCCUGACGGCUGCCAGUUUCCAUCGGAUGCAGGGUGAUGUGGAGGACGGGCCGGUAUGCGGGGCUAUGGACCAGCCGGUGGAACGCAGCUCCGGCCCGGCGCAGACCGCCAGGUGUGACAAGCCCCUCAGCGGAGAAGAUCUACGUUAUUCCAGGAUGCUCAGGACAGGCAGCAAGAAGGCCCCGACUCACCAGCAGCCUGGGAGAACCACAUUCCCAUCUUGACAUGGCAAGUGAGGUUUCAUCGCUGUACCUGAAAUAAAAGCUGAUACAAGAAAGGUGCAGAGUGGGGGCAGUUUGUGAACUGAAGGGAGCCCCGCGAGGGCUUCUCUCCACCAGAGUGAAUGGAAGACAUUGCUUCAGUAAUGAGGCGAUGCAGUGUCUUGACCUCACUCUGUGGUUGUAGGAUUAAAGUGGUCUCUGAAACUGGACCUGCUCAGGAUCAAAAUCCACAAAGCAAAUCGCUUCAUGCAUACUUUGACUCCAUCAUGGAUAUGGGUCAAACAGGAUGAGUGUAUGUGAACAUCGUGCUUGGCAUUGGUCAAGUUAGGCCAAAGGGUUUGUUUCCGUGUUGCGUGGUUUUAUGAGGGUGGCUGCCAUGAAUGACUCUUGGCUCUUAAUGAAAUGGAAGAUCUAGAUAGUGUACAUGAGGGAAGUAACAAUGGCAGAGUGUACUGUAUACAAGGAAGUUGUUUCCACAAAUGCAGCAUGGAAUUCCUCAGAGACAUGUACACAACCCACUCGCCACAGUUACAGGCACAAUGCAGAGCAGCAACUCCUAACUCAUCAAUUAGAGAAGGCACAACAUGCCACUGUUGGGAAAGUGAGUUAUUUUUAGUUGUGCAUUCAGUGAAUUGCUGCGUACAGCCUGGUCCCUCCACAUGCCACCACUUCACGGCCUCAGGGAAGGACAAUGAACAGACAUUUUAGUGAGCUUGGCAUGUAAGCAUUGCAGUACUGAGACUGUGCCCCUCCAAUCUGAGGAUGAACACAGACUCCCUGGAUCUGCUCUGCUGGACAAGACAAUGAAGAAGAACGGAGAAAUUAUUCUCAUUCCCCCGUUGUUUGCAGUCACCCACCAUCA